AUGUCUGCUCUGGACUUUAGGACGUUCGAGCCAACAGGGUCGCUUGCCGAAGACAAGAGUUAUCUGGCAGGUGCCAAAAUCAUGAAGCAUCAUGCCAAAGCUUUGGACGAAAAGGAUUGCGCGACUUGA